GCUGCUCACACAACAAGCCGCAGCGAGCCGGACGCGUCGCUCUCGCGCACUCUCCGACCCACAAGAGCAUUCUAGUGGAUUCUUCUCUUUUCUUCUUCUUCUUCUUCUGUGAGAUUUUGCAGACGUCGUGACGACACAAGGCACAUAUACCAGUUGAUUCAUCUUUUUUGGGGGAGUUAAAAAAUAUAUUGUAUUUCCUCGAUCAGAGAUGCCUGAGGACAUGGGGACCACCAAGCCUGGAGGAGUCAUCGCCUAUAUUUCCUCCGGCUCCGCGUCCAGCCCGGAGUCCUUCGUGUUCGGCGCCAGCCCCGGCAGCAGAGGCUUCCUCGCCGCGACGCAGCCGGCGUCCCGCCCGGCGCUGCCCAGCCGGGCCGUGGGCAUGGUGGUGGACAUCUCCCCGCCGGCCAGGCGCGGCCACGGCGCCGCCGCCGAGAAGGCCGGACGCUCCUCCGCGUCGGCCAAGAGCGGCAUCACCAAAAUCAACGGCAUGGUGCUGCUGUGCAAGGUGUGUGGAGACGUGGCGUCCGGCUUCCACUACGGCGUCCACGCCUGCGAGGGCUGCAAGGGCUUCUUCAGGAGGAGCAUCCAGCAGAACAUCCAGUACAAGAAGUGUCUCAAGAUGGAGAACUGCACCAUCAUGAGGAUCAACCGCAACCGCUGCCAGCAGUGUCGCUUCAAGAAGUGUCUGGCCGUCGGCAUGUCCCGAGACGCCGUUCGGUUCGGCCGCAUCCCGAAGAGGGAGAAGCAGCGGAUGCUGCUGGAGAUGCAGAACGCCAUGAACAACAUGAUGAGCAACAGCAGCCAGCUGCACGGCCACCAGAGCCCCGUUGAGGCCGUGACCGGCGCCGCCGGCUCCUCAUCUUCGCCUUCAUCCUCCUCCUCAUCCUCCUCCUCCUCCUCCACCGCUUCCGACUCCCCGUCGUGCUCCAACCCGUCCUCCCCGCACUUCCCCCAGGACUCCGAGUCCGUGGUUUCCAUGGACACCAACUCCAGCUCGGCCUCCUCCUGCGCGUCGGACAGCGGCGAGGACGAGGCUGUGACGGCGAGCAGGCGGCAACAACAACAACAGCAACAACAACAACAACAACAACAGCAACAACAGCAGCAGCAGUACGCCUUCGCGUGCAGCCAGCAGCGGUCGCCCUCGUCGGGGACCGUCGCCCUGGAGACGGAGGAGCAGAGGAGCAGCUGGAGCUGCUGGGACCACAACGUGGUCGUCGGGGGUCACCGGCAAGUCGUCGCCAACGCCGCCUACAGGGAGGAGAGGGGAGUCGACCAGCAGCAGCUCAACAGCACCCCUAGCUGUCAGCCGUCAGAAGACGGCCAGAGGCAACACGGCUGCGGCACAACCAGCAGAGCACACUUGGUCUGCCCCAUGAACACGUCGCCCUUCGUGGACCCGCGCAAGCCCAGCCAGGAGGUGUGGGAGGAGUUCUCCUUGAGCUUCACGCCCGCCGUGCGCGACGUGGUCGACUUCGCCAAGAGGAUCCCGGGCUUCCGCGACCUCCCCGAGCACGACCAGGUCGGCCUGCUGAAGGCCGGCACCUUCGAGGUGCUCAUGGUGCGCUUCGCCUCCCUGUUCAACGUGGCGGAGCGCACGGUGACCUUCCUGAGCGGCAAGCGCUACGGCCUGGACGCGCUGCGGUCGCUGGGCGCCGGAGAGCUGCUCAACUCCAUGUGCGAGUUCAGCGAGAAGCUGGCGGCGCUGCGGCUCGACGCCGACGAAAUGAGCCUCUUCACGGCCGUGGUGCUCGUCUCAGCCGAUCGCUCCGGGAUCCAGGACCUGUACUCCGUCGAGGCCCUGCAGGACAAACUGAUCCGGGGUCUGAGGAACCUGGUGAUGCAGAACCACGGCGAGGAGUCGGCCACCACCUUCACCAAGCUGCUGCUCAAGCUGCCCGAGCUGCGUUCCCUCAACAACAUGCACUCGGAGGAGCUGCUCUCCUUCAAAGUGCACCCGUGAAAAAUGCUUCCCGCGAGAGGGGGGGGGGGAGGUGCACCCCAACCCUCCCCCCCCCCUCUCGUCCAUCAUAUAUAUCCACACACCUCCACCAGGAACUGCCUCUUACCCGACCGACCACAACCCAGCGGUUCCCUUUUUCUCGAGAAUGUAUCUCCAGAUUUUAUUUUUGCAGUCGACGCAACGAGAGGAGAGAAUAGAAUACGAGACUGUGCCGUGAUCCGCACGACGCCCGACGAGAGCGCAACGUGUGUGUCGGAGGGAGAGAGAGAAAACGCCGCCGUUCGGUUCCAAAGGGCGAACGAGAAGAGACGGUCUGCAUGUUCGUUUCGGUCCGAUGUCUCAGAGAGCGCCAGUUCACUGUAAAUAGUGUUGAAUGUUUUUAUUUCAAUGCAUUUUUAUUUUCUGUUCAUGUCUGCCUGCACGCUGUCUGCUGAAUUGUUUCUGGGGGGGGGGGGGCAGCUAUUUGCAAUUUGCCAUUUUUAUUCUCGGCAACACUACAUUUGCAAAUGUUCUGGAGCAGAAGAACCAAGUAACGUGUCCAAGCUGCAUGUAAACAAUGUCACACGUGUUUCUGCUGUUUUCACACGUGUCUGUGUGUGUGUGUGUGUGUAUAUACAUAUAUACUUUUUAUUUUUUAUUGUGCUUUCAGCAUAGCACGGAAUUUUUAUGUCUGUCAUCCAUUUUGUUGAAAUAUCAGUUUCUUCAACUGGCAAAACUGCCAUGUGUAAAUAACUAUAUAAAUAUAUAUAUAUCUAAAUAUAUAUAAAUAUCGGAUGAACAUAGUAUAUAAAUGAUAUAUAUAGUAUGAAUAAAUACGUGAAGAAUA